CGUCGCCUCUCAUUCGCCAUAUUUCGUGGAGGAAUGCGCUGGAUGAGAGCGGCACAGAGCCGGUUGACACUUAUAUCAAACAUACUGCGCUCCCUUUAACGUUAUAAACAAACCGUCAGAGAGGGAAAACAUCAUGAACGUCUUCAGAUUACUUGGAGAUAUUUCUCAUUUAGCCGCCAUCAUUAUCCUGCUUCUCAAGAUAUGGAAGACCAGGUCUUGCGCAGGUAUUUCUGGAAAGAGCCAGAUACUCUUUGCCUUGGUUUUCACCACAAGAUACCUGGACCUCCUAACGUCCUUCAUCUCUCUAUACAACACAAGCAUGAAGGUUAUUUACAUUGGAUGUGCGUAUGCCACAGUCUACCUGAUCUAUGCAAAGUUCAGGGCAACUUACGAUGGAAACCACGAUACUUUCCGAGUUGAAUUUCUAGUUGUUCCGGUCGGUGGUCUCUCUUUUCUGGUCAACCACGACUUCUCCCCACUGGAGAUCCUGUGGACCUUUUCCAUCUACCUUGAGUCAGUGGCCAUCCUGCCCCAACUCUUUAUGAUCAGCAAGACCGGUGAGGCCGAGACCAUCACGACCCAUUAUCUGUUCUGUCUGGGGGUCUACCGUGCCCUCUACCUCUUCAACUGGAUUUGGAGAUUCUACUUUGAGGGCUUCUUUGACAUGAUUGCCAUCGUGGCUGGUGUCGUCCAGACUAUUCUCUAUUGUGACUUCUUCUACCUUUACGUCACAAAAGUGCUGAAAGGAAAGAAGCUGAGUCUACCAGCAUAAGUGCCAAAGAACAGAAAGCUGUGUCUUCAUCAGACUUAUAGAGGGGCACAAACCAAUGACGCCACAGCAAGAUGCCCAAGACAGAAUGCUUAACGCCACAUCACUGAUUUAUUUUCUCUCCAUCUGGACACCAUUAAACAUCAUCCCCUUACAGAAAUGAGGACGUUUUUGCAAACUGUUCUUCUGUCUUUAGCAUUUUGCAGUACUUUUUUAUUACUAAAAAAGAAAAACGUAAAAAAAACUUUUUUCUAUAUGCAAGAUGUAUUGAAUGAUUGAGCGGUGCAUUCUACACAUUAACUCUAGUUAAGUGCAUCUUUGUAAAUUUGUCCACGAUUAGAAAUGGUUCCCGAGAUUGCCGAGUAAUAAUAAUAAUAAGUCUGUGGUUCAUCCCUAUUUAUAAUGUACAUGUGGCAAAAUGGCCUAUGAGCUUUCAAAAUGAAAAUCCUAAUUCAGAAUUUCACACUUUCAGUUUCGAGUCCAUUCACGUAAAUGCCUUAUGUUCACGUGCAUAACCAUUUUUGUCGAUGGCCCGAUGAAAAGAAGUCAAAUGUAAAUAAGGAAUCUCAUUCAGCACAGCUUUAUUGCCGUGUGCCCCGUAUCAUUUUGUUUAGAUCGUUGACAUUUAUCGACAGUAUGAUGUGACAUAGCAAGAUUGGGUAAAUGUUAAUCCCUGCAAACAGAUCAGCUUUUUGAAAUGCAGUAAUUUACGGUAAAACCAUUAAAUUUAGUGGUGUGAAUACUGUUAAAGCACAUUUGGAGUGUGAAUAUGUCAUGAGUUUUGUAGUAAUUUCCUUUUUGUUUGAAUACUGAUUUUCUUUAGGUUCAGUGUCUCCCCACCCGAGUCAUUCCUGUAGGGUUUACAGUUGUUUUUCUAGUUUUUACAUGUUACGGUCUCCAAUAAAUAUUUUAAGGGACACUA